AUGCGCGCAGUAAUCUUAGCCCUCGCGGGGCUGCUGGCACUCGCCUCAGCCUCCAGCGACAGAAAAGUCGUGUGCUACUUUGGUAGCUGGGCCGUGUAUCGGCCGGGCAGGGGCAAGUUCGACAUCGACAAGAUCGACCCGCACCUGUGCACCCACCUGGUGUACACGUUCGUGGGACUGAACGAGGACGGCUCGGUCCGCAUACUCGACCCUUGGGCCGACUUGCCCAACGACGGCGGCAAGGACGGCUUCCGCAGGUUCAACGACCUACGGCUCCGCAACCCCGGGCUCAAGACGAUGAUCGGCCUGGGCGGGUGGAACGAGGGCGAGGCCAACGCCAAGUACUCCCGGGUGAUGGCCAGCUCGGCCCUCAGGAGCAACUUGGUCCGCAACAUCCUCAACUUCCUCGAGGAGUACGACUUUGACGGGUUCGACCUCGACUGGGAGUACCCCGGGUUGUCGCGGCCCGGAGGCGCCCCCAUGGACAAGGACAACCUCGUGCUCUUCCUCAGGGAGCUCAAGGAGGCCCUCGAGCCCAAGGGCCUCGUCCUCGGGGCGGCCGUGUCCGCGAGCUCCGAAAAAGCCGAGAUGUCGUACCACGUGGCCGAGCUCUCCAAGUACCUGGACUUUAUCAACCUCAUGGAGUACGACUUCCACGGCACCUGGGAGAAAAACACCGGGCACAACUCGCCCCUGUACUCCGCCUCCUGGGAGAGCAAGGAGAGCGCCCGAGUCCUCAACAUCCACGCGUCGAUCCAGUACUGGCUGAGCCACGGCGCCGCCCCGGAAAAGCUCAUCCUCGGUAUACCGUUUUACGCUCGAGGCUUCACCCUGGCCAACCCGGCCAACAACGGGUUGAACGCCUUGUCCCGCGGUGGCUCGCACGCUGGGCCCUACACUCGGCAAAAGGGCACCUUGGGCUACAACGAGAUAUGCGAGCACAUGGACAAGUGGACCGUCGUGUUUGACGAGGAGCAACGCGUGCCCUACGCCUACAACGGCGACCAGUGGAUCAGCUACGACGACGAAUGUCUAUUACGUGUGUACGUGGCGAAGGGCGAGUACAUGAACAAGUACGGCCUCGGGGGCAUGAUGGUCUGGAGCGUGGAGACGGACGACUUCCGCGGCGUGUGCGGGGAAAAAUGGCCCCUCCUGCGCGCGGUCAACAGAGCAGUGCACGGCACCGUGGGCUCGGGACCGGCCGAGAGGCCGCCCUCGCGUCCACCCAUGCCUAGACCACCGAGCCAACCAAGCGUCAAGCCCCGACCCAAGCCCAGUGCGCCCGUUGGACCCCAAGAGCCGGCCCACAAGCCAUCGGCGCCCUCCACCGGCAGCGGGCCCAUUGUCUGCAAAACGUCCUUCGGCUACUUGCCCGAUCCCAACGACGACACCGUUUUCUACCAGUGCUCCCACGGCGAGCCCUACCUCAUGCACUGCCCCGAGACCUUGGUCUGGGACCCCCAUUACCAGCGCUGCGACUACAAGCACGACUACGUCCCACGUAGCAGCUACUGGCACAGGUGCACACCGUAUUCCGGACCACUCGCCGACGAAGAGUAGGGCUUCGGUGCACUUUAUUCCUUGUUUCUUUGUUAUUCUUUGUUGUCACUCCUCGAGGGAAAAAUCAUGUUGAUUAGUUGAUUAAAUUAUAUUUAUGUGUGUGUUGUCCUUGAUGAAGGUGGAUGGGCGUUGAGGCGCGUCGGGAACAUCAUGCAUGGGCGACGAUCUCGUGAUUUUUCGUUCUUAUUACGUUAGUUUGUCGCGGUUUGUUCCAUGUGUUUCGUAACGGUUUUGCGAUCGCGCCUCAAAACGCAAAUCCAUGCUUUAUCGCGAAUAAAUAAUAAAGAAUAUUGUCUUUGUGGUAUGCAAAA